AUGGACACGCCCCCUUGCAGACGCUUCGACACUAGUUCGUUUGAUACCCACAUAUUGUCUCCAGCAGUGGCUCUUGGCGGCCAUUUUGUCGGAGAUUCCUUCAAUGUCUUCCACUCAGCCUCAGGUCUGGACGAAUUGUGGCGGGCCUACAGGACACAGAGGGGAGCCGGGAUGCUGGUGUGCGCUUUAGCACUCACCUCGAGUGCAGAUUGUAGAGAGAAGAUGGAUAAACAAGAUGGUGUCGUAUCUGCUAAAAAGCAAAUGAAAAAAAACUUAGGACCUGAUGAAAUAAAGCGCAGACGAGAAGACAGUGAUAAAACUGAUGUAGUUGUUGUGCCUAAAUCAAAGCCUCCCAAGAAGCCAAGGCAUAAGAGAGUAGAAACUGCAGAGAAAACUCAAGAUCAGAAUGCUGAAGAAGUGUCUAUGAAGGAACCUGAUGAAAAUAAACCUGUUGUAGAUGUCGUGUCCAAAUCAGAGCCUCCCGGGAAGCCAAGGCGAAAGAGAGGAGAAACUGCAGAGAAAACUCAAGAUCAGAAUGCUGAAGAAGUGUCUAUAAAGGAACCUGAUGAAAAACUUCAGAAGACACAGAGGAGAAAGAAAAGAGAAACUGUGACUGAGAAUACUGAAGACAUAUCUAUAAACGAGGAAGCAGACAAAUCCAACAGGGCUACAACAUCUAAGAGAAAGAAAAAUGAGGCAAAGACAUCUAAGAGUGAAAAGACCAAAAAAGUUGAAGAAAAAGUCCCAGAGCUAAUACAAAGACGUCUACAGCUUUGCACAAUUUCCAGAAAGUAUGUCGGUGCGCAUGUUUCCAUUCAAGGAGGACUGUGGAAUGCUGUAUUGGAGGCGGGUCGCAUUGGUGCAAGGGCAUUUGGUCUGUUUCUGAGAUCACAGAGGACAUGGAGCAGCAAACCUCUAGAGGAAAGUGCUGCUGAAAAAUUUAGAAGAACUUGUAAAGAGUUUGGGUUUGAUCCCCACUUUAUACUGCCCCAUAGCCCUUAUCUCAUGAAUCUGGGCUCACCAAAGCCAGAUGUACUUCAGAAGAGUCGUGAAAUGUUAAUUGAUGAAUUAAGGCGGUGCCAUAAGCUGGGCCUCACAUUAUAUAAUAUCCACCCUGGAUCCCAUGUGGGAGAAAUGCCCGUAAACCAGUGCCUAGAGCUCAUUGCUGAUGGAAUUAACAAUGCACACUCACAAGUGCCUGACGUCACAGUGGUGCUGGAAAAUAUGAGCUGUCAAGGUAAUACAGUUGGUGGUCGCUUUGAGGAGUUGCGUGGAAUUAUAGACCUCAUCAAAGACCAGACUCGAAUUGGCGUGUGUCUAGAUACCUGCCAUGCUUUUGCUGCUGGUCACAACUUGUCGCAAGAGAAAGGCCUCAAGCAUAUGCUAGAUGAGUUUGACAAAAUUGUUGGUAUCUCAUACCUCAGAGCUGUUCAUCUGAAUGACUCUAAAGGGGCCGCCCCUAGGCUUCUCAUUAAAGGUAAGGUUGGCUGCCGACUUGAUCGCCAUGAAAAUAUCGGGCGCGGUCACAUUGGUGUAAAGGGGUUCAGACAGGUCAUGAAUGAACAACGGUUUAAUGAAAUUCCCAUGAUCCUAGAGACGCCUUACACUGCUGAUUUUGAUGAGAUUGAACUUCUGUAUUCUCUAUCUGCAGCGAGUGGGACGACAAAACGUAAUACCAAGAAAGCAUCUGCUAUAAUAACGACCAUAUGAUAGUUAGUACUCAACUGUCUGUAAAUG